ACCUCUGCACUGGGGUAAGGAUUUAGGAAGCUGCUGCCAUGAAGAAGAAGAUGACAGCCAACGGGAGGGGGCUGGAUCCAGCACCGCCGCCCCCUCGCACCCGGGGCAUCACCAAGCCAGCGGAGGAUGGGAUUGUGCCCCUCCAGUAUGUGGGUUCCUUUGCGGUGGAGGAGCUGGAGCUGCAGCAGCACGCAGGGCAGCUGGAGGAGCAGCUGCGGGCACUGACGGAUUGCUCCAGGAGGAGGUCGGUGGUGCUCAGAUUCAGCUUGCAGGGACUGAAGGUCUACGGUGCUGAUGGGGAGACGCUGCUAAUGGCGCACGCACUGCGCCGCAUCCUGUACAGCACCUGCCUGCAUGCCGAGCACCAGUUUGCCUUCGUGGCCCGCAACCCCCACAGCCCCCCCAGUGCCCUCUUCUGCCACCUCUUUGUGGGCUCCCCGGGCGAGGUGCAUGUGCUGCACCUGCUGCUGUGCCGCUCCUUCCAGCUCUGCUACCUCCAAGCGCACCCCGAGCUGCAGGCGGCUGAGCCUGACCCCCCUGUGCUGCUGCGGGAGCCCCUCAACCCCGAGGAGGUGUCGCGCAACGUCAAUGCGCUCCUGUCCCUGCGGCGCCUGCCAGCCCUCGGCCCACUGGGUGCAGGGCAUGUUUUUGCACAGCAUUUGCUCCAGGAGCGACGGGUGGAGGCCGAGGGCCGCGCUGGGGGAUGGCGCCUGGGGAAUCCCUAUUGCUCCCCGGUGCUGGUGCGCAAAAAGGCGAUCCGCAGCAAAGUGCUGCGCUCGGGUGCCUACCGCGACUGUGGGGCUGAGAACCAACUGCAGCAGCGUGAGGGCACCCCAUCAGGAUGGGAGAGCAGAGGCGCGCGGGGCCUGGCGCUGCUCCCUGACACCGAGGCCGCCCUGGCCGAGAGCGUGUGGGCCUUCGCUGGCAUCACCAGGGCUGGCGGCAUCGCGCUGCUGCGCGGGGAUGUGCUGGGCGCCUUCCUGCUGCGCCCUGAGCCUGGUGGGACCCCGCGCUGGUGCCUGUGGGUGCGUGCGCCCUGUGGGGUCGUGCCCUACUGCGUGCUGCGGACACAGCAGGGGCGGUUCUGUGUGGAGCACUCUCACGCCGAAUUCCGCUCCAUGCCGGCGCUGCUCGCGCACUACUCGGCAGUGCCUGGGGGCUGCUUCUGCCGCCUGAGCGCGGGGCGCUGCAACCCCGGCUACGAGCAGCGGGACGCAGCCAGCCCGGCCCUGGUGCAGCACGAGCGGGGCUAGGCCCGACGCCGGCUCCAGCCGUACGGAGCCCCACGGCCACCCCGGGAAUAAACAGCUCUGUGCAAACGCGAUGUUCCGGGCUCCUUCUUGCAUCCGUCCAGUUGCAGUUUUGUGCAAGCCCGCGCACUUGGUGCAAUCUCAAGCACCCAUGCUCUCGCACCUUCAUGCACUGGCACUCACACACCCACGCGCACCCUGCACUCACGCCGCGCAAC